AUGUUCUCGUCGUCGUUCCGCUCCUUUGUCGCCGCCGCCAUCGCCCUCGGUGCGGCGGCCAGCGUGCAGUAUGCCUCGGCCGGAAAGGCCGGCACCAUGGAGAUCGUCGGAAACUCGGGCGUCUCGGCCCAGAUGAUGUUCCUCGGCACCGACCAGAAGGUCUACAUCCUCGACAAGGUGGAAAAGAACCCGGUCAGCAUCAACGGCCACCCGGCAUGGGCCGUCGAGUAUGACAUCAACAGCAACCAGUUCCGCACCAUGGACGUGCGCUCCAACACCUUCUGCGCCGGCGGCGCCACGCUGGGCGACGGCCGCAUGUUUGUCACGGGCGGCAACAAGGCCGUCACCACCAACGGCGCCACGGCCAAGCAGGGCCAGGGCUACGGCUCCUACAACGGCGGCAAGGCGCUCCGCUUCCUCUCGCCCUGCAACGACCGCAGCUGCCAGUGGCAGGACGACGCGGGCAACCAGCUCGUCAAGGAGCGCUGGUACCCGACCGUCGAGCCGCUCAAGGACGGCGCCGUCAUGAUCCUUGGCGGCAUGCGCGACGGCGGCUUUGUCCCCUCCAAGGGCAGCAACGAGCCCACCUACGAGUUCUACCCGCCCAAGGGCGACGGCCAGGCGCGCUACAUGGGCAUCCUCGACCGCACCGUGCCCAUGUCCCUCUACCCCAUCACCUACCUCAUGUCGAGCGGCGAGGUCUUUGUCCAGGCCGGCCGCUCGGCCGUGCUGUGGAACUACCAGAGCCAGAGCGAGAAGCGCCUCGCCAGCAUCCCCGGCGGCCCGCGCGUCUACCCGGCCAGCGCCGGCACCGCGCUGCUGCCGCUGCGCCCGAGCAACGGCUACAAGGAGACGGUCCUCUUCUGCGGCGGCAUGUCGCUCGGCAAGAAUGUCAACUGGGGCAACGAGGGCGGGCCCGCCGUCAUGGUGUCGCAGAGGCCCGCGUCGACGUCGUGCGAGCAGCUCAGCCCGCUCGAGGGCGGCGACUGGGAGGCCGUCGACGACCUGCCCGAGGGCCGCUCCAUGGGCCAGUUUAUCCAGCUGCCCGACGGCACCCUCUGGUUCGGCAACGGCGUCAAGACGGGCGUCGCCGGCUACACGGACAACAAGUACCAGGUCGGCAAGCCCGUCGGCCACUCUUUCGGCGACAACCCGUCGUACCGGCCGAUGCUCUACAAUCCGCGCGCGCCCAAGGGCAGCCGGUGGCGCCAGGUGGGCAAGGCCAACGUCGGCCGCCUGUACCACUCGUCGGCAACGCUGCUGCCCGACUCGUCGAUCCUCGUCGCCGGCUCCAACCCCAACCCGGACUACACGACGGGCGAAAAGUGGUCGACCGAGUACCGCGUCGAGCGGUGGUACCCAGAGUUCUACGACCGACCGCGCCCCUCGUCGCGCGGCCUGCCGCAGUCGUUCAGCUACGGCGGCGAUGGCUUCACUCUCGACCUCGGCUCGGCCGACGCCGCUGCCAAGGCCAAGGUGGUGCUGGUCCGCACCGGCUUCUCGACGCACGCCAUGAACAUGGGCCAGCGCAUGAUUGAGCUCAAGUCGGUGGCCCAGGGCACCAAGCUGCACGUGGCGCAGCUGCCUCCCAACCCCAACCUCUUUGCACCCGGCUCGGCGCUAGCCUUUGUCGUCGUCGACGGCGUGCCGUCGCAGGGCAAGGUCGUCAUGGCCGGCAACGGCCGCAUCGGAAAGCAGCCCGUCGGCGCCGAGAGCCCGCUGCCCAGCGCCGCCAAGCGCGACUUGUUCGAGGAUGCAGACGACGAAGAGGCCGAGGUCAGGGUGGGGAGCAGCGAGCACGUCGUCGAGGCGCGUGACAUGGCCAUGCACCGCCGCGGGUCGGCCCACUCGCGCAUCAACAAGGCUGUCGCCUGA